AUGAGUAAUUCAAACGGAGAGGAAGAAGAUGACAUUUUGGAUAACCUUGAUCCUAGAUGCAUUAGCCAAUCAGGAAAUAAUCUUUUGGGUAGAGCGAAAGGAUUUAAAGGCAGGAAAAGCAAUAAGCAAAUUAGAGAAGUGAAAGCAUCAGAAAAAGGUAUUGUGAGCGUCCUGGAAUACAUGAAGAACCCCAAGGGAGGAAACCAAGUUGAAUGGGCAAAAGGUGGCGGAAUUCAUCAGAUAUUGCAACAAAUGGGAAGGAUUGUUUUAGGAUGCCCAAGGAUCUGCUGGAGGCCUGGGAAUCUUAUGGAAUUCAAAAGUGUUCGAAAGGAUAAGUUGAGAAUUUGGACAGAAAUACACGAGCAACUGAUAUCAUUAGAGAAGGAAAAGGCAGUCCUGGCUGGGGACUUCAAUGCAAUUUUGGACAUUGAUGACAAGGAAGGAGGAUUACGAAAGAGCACAAGAGUAAUGGAAGAUGUCAGGGAAUUCACUUCAAAGUGUCAAGUGGUGGAUGUUAUUCCGAAGAAUGGGAUGGACAGGGAUGAUUAUCUGAAAGAAAAGCUCCUUAAGGAGCAGUAUGCAAAAAUAUUAAAUAGAGAAGAGAUCCACUGGCGAGAUAAACCGAGGGCACUAUGGAUCGCAGAGGGGAAUCGUAAUACAAAGUUCUUUCAUGCAACCUCAAAAGGCAGAGGGAAUAAGAAUAAAAUCAUUGCAAUCUUGGAUGAUGAAGGGAUAUUGAGAAGCAUAGAGGCGGAAUUAGAGCAAGCGACAAUUGAAUACUUUGUUAAAUUACUGGGAAAUGACUGUCAGGCAGAAGACGCGGUAGAUGACAGGCUAUCUGAGCUUGUACAAAAGUUGGUAACUAUGGAGGAAGCUAAAAUGCUCUACAAACCAUAG